CGGCAAGAUGGCGGGAUCGGUGGCAGAACGGGACGCGGUGAAAAUAGAAGACGGGCAUUUAAACAACUCCCUGGGCUCGCCGGUGCAGGCGGAAGUGUAUUUCCCACGGCUGAUAGUCCCGUUCUGUGGACACAUCAAAGGAGGCAUGAGGCCCGGCAAGAAGGUCUUGAUCAUGGGCAUCGUGGAUCUCAACCCGGAGAGCUUUGACAUCAGCCUCACCUGCGGAGAUUCGGAGGACCCGCCGGCCGACGUUGCCAUCGAACUGAAAGCCAUCUUCCCGGACAGGCAGUUCCUCAGGAAUUCGUGCGUAUCCGGCGAAUGGGGUGAAGAACAGUCGUCCCUUCCUUACUUCCCGUUUAUCCCCGAUCAACCCUUCAGGGUCGAAAUACUUUGCGAGCACCCCCGUUUUAGGAUAUUCGUGGACGGACACCAGCUUUUUGAUUUCUACCAUCGUAUCGAGAAGUUAUCUUCUAUUGACACGAUAAAGAUAAACGGAGAUCUACAGCUUACUAAACUCGGUUGACCUUGUGGUUUUUUAAAAAAAAACUAAAGGAAAAAAAAUAGGGAAAAAAGAUAAAAACCAAAAUUUUAAGGUUCCAAAUGGGCUUGGGUGCUGUCGACACCUGUUGGAAGGAGCAGUGCCAACUCUACCUGGACACGUCCUUGACUAGCCAAGCGUCACAGUUUCAUUCCUGAGCACAGCAAAGAAUAUCGUUGAUGAACUGUAAUGCUGUUUAUCCCAAUGAAGAAAGAGAUUGAUGAUGAACCGGUGAGCCUUUCUCCCCGUUUUGGAUCUUUAAAAAGAAAGACUAACCCUGCUGGAUAAUCAAAUUAUAAUGGAUUCUGAAAGAGUUACUUCAUUGUCUAAAUGGCAGACGCUAUUCCUCUCCCCCAUUAAAAGGGCAGUUUCGGAACGAAGCGCUUCAACCUGUUACCGAACGGCAAGGAAAGAAACGAAUGUUCUUUUGCAGAUACUGCUUCGGCACUUAAGUGAAUUAGUGUAAGUUGUCACACAAAUCACAUCCAGAGGGCCAAAUACUGAAGUCGUUAUUCAGGUCAUUAAUAAUAGCCUCGUUAAAACCGAGGGCAAAAAAGUCUCAAGGACUUCAACAGCAUGCAAACACCUGGACAAACUGGUUGCAAUCUGGCAUGCUGUCGAGCAGACAUAAAUCCCUUUGCAUUGGGGAGCUUGAGCACGCUUAACUGUGCAUUGGAUAGCAGCCAUUUUCUCUUGUUUUGUCUGGGGGGGAAGGAGAGGGGUCCUGUAGAAACGGAGUAACGUCUUCUGGAUUUGGCCCGUGUAUUUUAGUCAGGGUAUUUGCUUAGAAUGUAGGUCAUUACAUGUUUUUGCACAAUGUAAUAUUAAUGAUUUUUUUUUAAAGCUUUCCUCUAGUUUAUUUAUUGAUAUUCGUUGUGUUAAUGUGUUAACUGAAAGCUGUUCUGGGACAGAUAAGCGCAGCAGAGGAUAAAACUUCCUGAAUGUACAAAUGUUGAAUGGGUAAAUGUUAACAUACUGUUUGGAAAAUAUGUCCUCUUGGUCUUUGGAAAGCCGGUGGCAUUCUUUGGGUGCCCUCGCAAGUUCACGAACGCUGGGCCUCUGUGUGUCUUCAUCCCAAAUUGUUUUCAAGGCGUCGUAAUGGUCUCUCAGAUUUAAUGGGUGAUGGGGAUGAACCCUCCCUCUCCAUAAAUAGGAGUUGCUAGGUUGAGUUGCACACUUGGGAAUACAGUUGUGUGUGUGUAUAUGUGUUUUCUUCACAGACUACCAGCCUACUGCCCUUGUGGGGUCAGAGGAUGAAAUUCUCAGUUGCAUCAAGGGCAAACAUACGGCCUUUCUAAGCAGCCCAACGAGGUAAUGUAGGAAAAUCCAAUACAUCCACACCGAGCAUAGUUGUCAGUGGUCGUAACUGUGUCAUCACUGUAAUUAUUACACAAGGAAUGAACACAGUAGCACUUCAUAGGUUGUGGAAGGACCAGUCCCAUUCGUACAUGUUGGACAGUUGUUUCGUGGUGGGCCGUAACAGAAUUCAUUUGGGUAUUAUAGUUCGAGGAAUCAUGUAUGUGUGUUAUUUUUUUCCCCCAGCCUGGUAUUAUUAUUAUUAUUACUAAUUUUUCCCCCAUCAAGUC